AUGAAGAAACACAGAAAAGAGACACCUACAGAUCAAGGGGUGCCGCUAAACAGCCAGGCACUGGAGUUACUACGCAGAACUCAUGAGUUUUACGAGCAGGAGAAAAACUACGUAAGCAUUCAUGGACAGCCAUCAAUUCCUGCCGACAAAGUGGUGGAACGUACGUCGAAAACGCUUGGUACUGAUGCAAUUCGUAGGCAUGUUUAUGCUUACUACAGCAGAAAAGAGUAUCCGACUGUAUCUAAGUUAUUAAUCUCUUUAAAAGAAAGUGAACUCUUCAGGGGUGGUGAAACAUCACUAAAAAUUGUGCUAAAAAAUAUGGGUUUCCAUUACAAAACGCUAGAUGGACACAAAGCUAAAUCUAUGUUCCAGCUAUCAAUAUUCAACAGAUAA